AUGUCAACUGCUACGCUAAUAAUUGGGAGUGUUUUAGUGGCAUUUAGUGGAUUUUUAACUCAUCAAAUCCUCGAAACCCUCCUUAACACUGCCCUAUCAGUCUCUAAAUCUAAAAUUAAAUCUGCUAAAAAAGUAACAAAUGCUCCCGGAUAUUACCUCUGUAUGGGAGAUAAUUGUCAUGAUCAGAACAUUACCCAAGUUGCUAAAAAUUGUAAGGCUAAUGCUCCUAGUUUAACUGCUAAGAGAGUGAAAAAGAUUAAAGAGUUAACCAAAGCUGCCAAAGUGAUUGGUAAAUUUGCCCAAGAUUUAGAAAAAGUUUUACCGCACUAA